AGUUGUUGAGUUGAGACCGAUGGUGAAUGAAGAGACUCCAGGGAGAAAGACGUCACAAGCACACAUAUAAGUAAGAUUAUUAUUUUUGGUUUUAAAAGAUUACAAGAAGAGGAAGGUUAAAGUUAGAGUUAACUAAAGCGAGCGAGACGAAGUCGUGACAUUAAGGGUGCGACUCGCUAGGGUUUAAAAACAAAGAAAACAAUUGCGAAGGCAAUCACUCCUCACUCUUGGUCUCUUCUGAAAACGUUUUGUUAUUUCUGGUUAAGUCGAGGCCAGCUGUGCGAGUAUGGUAGAAGUCGAUGGAAUAGAGAACCUUGAAUUCAAGUGGGGUAAAAAAAGAGGAACUGGGGGGAUAAAUACGAAAGUUCAGUUUUACGAAUCAUUUACUUAUGACGGUAUUGACUACACUCUUUAUGACAAUGUUUAUCUUCACAAGGAAGGUGAACCAUUGCCAUAUCUUGGAAAACUUAUAAAAAUAUGGGAGACUGAUAGUCGGUUGAAGAAAGUGAAGGUUUUAUGGUUUUUCCAACCUUCUGAGAUCUCAAAUUAUCUUUUCGUUGAAUUGGCGCAUCCAAAUGAAGUAUUUUUGGCAUCUGGUGAAGGAGUAGGUCUUGCCAACAUUAAUCCAUUGGAAGCAAUUGCUGGAAAAUGCAAUGUAGUUUGCAUUUCAAAGGAUGGCAGAAAUCCACAACCUUCAGACGAAGAUAUCCAAAUGGCUGACUAUGUGUUUUACCGUACAUUUGAUGUCGGGCAGCGCAUUAUCUUGGACAAGAUAGAUGGAAAAAUUGCUGGAAUUGAUGUUAAAUUUAUUUUUAACCAAUCGGGUUCUCUGAAGCCUUGUUCUAUUCAUAACUUUAGUGUGGAUGAACCUGCUAGUGAAAAUGCUAUUGAAGCAAAUGGAAGAGUGGUUAUGUCUAAGCUAAACUCAUCUGCGAACCAAAUUUCUGAAGAUGAUAGACAAGUGGAACAGAAACCUGUGGUUGCAGAGAAUGGCUUUAACCACAAAGCUGAAGAGAAUUCAGAUGUUAAAGCUUCAUCAGUUAAACCGAAUCUCUCCCUGCAACAGGAGGUUGUUGCCGGUGUAGUUUCAGAGUCAGGUGAACUGGCCAAAACCAAUGACAGAUCUGGUGAUAGGACAGGUUUGAGCCCUAAAAUUAAAGCAAAAGCAGACUCUAAACUGAAAAACCCUUCUGGUGAGGAGAUAGGUUGUGUCAAUCAAGUCAAAAGUGAAGAAAAAUUAAAAUCCGUUAAGGAUACAGUUGAGUUGGAUGAGAGGCCACAUAAGAAAGCAAAGCUUGAUAAUUCUGUGAAAGUCUCCAGUGACAAGGAAACUACAAAAUGUGCUACAGAACCUUGUGGGACAGCCACAAUUCCUUCCAAAAAGCUGAAGAUUGAUGAUAAAUUAAAAAAAUCUACUAACUGCAAAUCUCCUGCAGUGCCUUCAAAUGAUGGUAUUAAAACUGGUGACAAAGCUAUGGAAGUUACCCGUAGGCCUGAUUCUGAUAGGAGCAAAUGGUUUGGAGAACUCCCUUGGGAAGAAAGUUUACGGGAUGCACACGAGUUUGGAAAACUUGUUCUGUUUCAGAACUUGGAUCCAGCUUACUCUUCAGCAGAAGUGGAGGAUAUAGUUUGGAAUGCCUUCAAUGAAACUUGCAGAGCAAAGGUGGUGCAGCAGACUGCAUAUUCUAGCCCUCAUUUUGGACAAGCUUUUGCUAUAUUCAAGUCAAGGGAAGUUGCAGAGGAUGUUAUUAAAAAAUUGGAUGAGAGAUGCCUGUUGCUACCAAAUCGGAGGCCGCUUGUAGCCAGCAUUCCAAAUCCUUGCUUCUCAAGGAAGCAGUCAAUGUUUGCAGGCCAUCUCAUUGUUGAUAAACUCAAAUCCCAAAGGGAGAUGAAAGCAGCAGUAUCUACUUCACAUUCUUCCCAGCCUAAUACAGUUGAAUAUGAUAUGGCCAUGGAAUGGUUUUUAAUGACUGAAAGAUCCAAUCAGUUCUGGAAAAAAUUAUACGAGCAACAAGGGAAAGAGCUAAAAAAACUGAGGGUUAACUUUAAGUCCAAAUGACCACUAAUAAUUUUGUCUUCCCCUGAUUUUGUAUGUUCCUUUGAAUUAAAAGGAAGCCAUUUUGUGAAGCAAACCACUAAUGCGGAGUUCUGUUUAGACCUCUGAUAUGAAGUUGUCAAGGUGUUGGAAGUGUGGAAACUUGAUUCUAGUUGUGUUCUCAGAUUCACUUCAAUUAGGCGGUGCAACAGACGGGGUAUGCAAAAAUGGAGGCCCGAGCUGUGUUCGGUAUUCAGGCAAAUUUUGGGAAGUGUAAUUAUGAUUUGCAGUUCAGUUUUAGCAAGAUGGUUAGAUCCUCUCAUAUACAUAUAUUUUCUCGAUUAUGGGAAAUUUGUAUAAUCCAUCCUGCGAUGCCCUCUUUUUUGCUAGGAUGGGUUUUCCUAGCUGGCUGUUGUUUAGUUUUGUUUCCUCCUGCCGAACACUCUUGGGUUGUUUUUGCAGAUUACAACUAACUUCCAUGUUUGGAACUUUCAACUAAAAACAUAAUAUGCUUAAUCCUACAAGCUACUCAAUUAUGGGUUAAAACUUCAGAAAUAAUAAUCUAAAACUUGUUCUUA